AUGAUGACAAUCCUCCAGGUCCAAGCCGUGAAUGUUCCUGUCGAGCUGGAUGCUGUGGUUGUGACUGUCGGUAGUCCUGUUGCUGUCUGGCAUCUUGUUCUUGUGGCAUGUAGUCCUGCUGCUGUCUUGAAUCUUGUCCUUGUGGCCUGUAGUCCUGCUGCUGUCUCGCAUCUUGUUCUUGUGGCCUAUAGUCCUGCUGCUGUCUCGAAUCUUGUCCUUGUGACCUGUGAUCCUGCUGCUGUCUCGAAUCUUGUCCUUGUGACCUGUGAUUCUGCUGCUGUCUCGAAUCUUGUCCUUGUGACCUAUAAUCCUGCUGCUGUCUCGAAUCUUGUCCUUGUGGCCCAUAUUCCUGUUGUUGUCUCGAAUCUUGUCCUUGUGGCCUAUAGUCCUGCUGCUGUCUCGCAUCUU